AUGUCGGACAAAGGAAACAAACCGAAAGACUUCGAUGGCACGAGGUCGAAAUAUUGGGAAUGGAUUUACGAAUGUCAUAUGUACAUCCUUACCAACCCGACCAAAUACGACACCGAUAAGGACAAAACCCUGAUGGUGCUAUCGUAUAUAAGAGAAGGAACGGCAUCACUCUUUGCCCAGAAAUACUACUUCGAUAGGGAACUCCGAGAAUACAAGGCAACAGAGACAAGAAAAACAUGGGGAACGUUCAAGGACUUCCUGAAAGAACUGGCCGCCGCAUUCAAAGAUGAAAGUCUCGAACAGAAGGCAAGACAAAAACUAUUCACAAUGAGAAUGGGAAAGCGAUCAGCAGACGAGUUCGUCACGGACUACCUCAUGACGGCAGGAGAAAGUGGAUUCGAUCUCGAAUCCACCGUCGACUACUUCCGUCGCGCCAUACACCUGGAGAUCCUCAAACAAAUUUACAGACUCCUGGACAUGCCGACAACAAUGGACGAUUGGGUAAAAUACACCCGAAGGUUCGAUAAUCAGUGGAGAGAGCUGCAGAGCAUAAAAAGCUCCAUACCCUCCGCUGCUGUUCGAUCCAGCAACCCUUUCCGCUACAACUCAUCCAAUGCCCCAUCCUCCAUGAACAACUCUGUCAUCCCUAUGGCUGUAGACUCAGUCCGGACAACCCUCACGGACGAAGAACGCAAUCGCCUCAGGAUGGAGGGUGGGUGCUUUUACUGUCGACAGAAAGGACAUAUGGCAAACCAAUGCCCUGUCAGGGGUUCGUCUAGGAUAUAUGAAGGGUCAGCUAGAUAUGUUCAACAGGGUAGUGGAACGGUGGGGAACCGCUCGACUCAGACCGGCAGAAGGAUGGGAGGCGGAGGAAGCGGCUAUGGCUGA